AUGGCCUCCUCAGUCACCUCUGCUGCUGCGUCUUCGCGCUCUGUCUUGCUCCCUGCCAUCCCAGAGCUCUUCGAUCCCAACUUCCUCGACGUGCUCAUCCCUGGCAAACAUGAAGAUGUUAUGAAACUCGACGUUGACGAAAUCUCCACUGUGGCCCCCAAAAAUCCGAUGAUGGAAGCCUUGAAGGCCGUCGCGCACCAGACCCUCACUGCGAACGGUGCUCCGGCGUACGACUCCACGCUCUCUCCCACCCUGGAUGCCUUCAGUGGCCUCACCAGGUACACGUACGGCUCGCGAGUUGGAAAGCUCCUCGAUGAUGCUUGGAAGGAAGACCCUGGGUUGACGCUUCGCCUCAUCUGGAGCCUUCGCAGCAUCCACGACGGAAAAGGUGAAAAGGAGGUCUUCUAUCGUGCCUUUGGCUGGCUCUACGAUAACCACCCUCGGACUGCCAUCUCGAACCUGCACAUGCUUGUCACCCCAGCCUGUUCGAAGAAGGGGAAGACCGCGGGAGCCCAUGGCUACUGGAAGGACCUCCUCAACAUCCUAGCGCUGGCAACCGUAGGCGAGCUUAGCAAUAUCAACCAGCCAUCGACGUUCCUUCAUGCCACGCGCACCAAGUACAGCUACCCAAGGUCGAAGCGGAGAGUCAAGACCGGAACGCCCGCAGAGCGUAUCGAGGCUGCGAAGGCUUUCAACGCUCGUGCGAAGGAGAUGGCUGCUGUCAGUCGCAAGACCAAGGUUGAGCGUGACCACGGGCGGCUCGUCAAGAAGCUUGGUGAACCCAAGUUCCGCGCUCUAUUCAUUGCCGUCGCACGCCUCUUUUCCGACCAGCUCGUGAAGGACAUCAAGGUCGUUGGAGAGAUCGAGGCUCUCAAGCCUGGCGAGAACCCAAUCUCCCUCCUGAAGAAGAUCAGUUUGGCCGGCAAGUGGGCCCCCACGCCUGGCGGCUCGCACGAUCGGGUCACGAACAUCGCCACGGCCAUAGCUGAGCUCAUAUACGCGUCCCAGUCCAUCUCGCACUACCCGUCCUCGCUGGAGAACCCAAUGCCUGAGAAGGAGCGCGCUGUCAUCCUUCGCUCGUUCUACCAGCGCUGGUUCCUCACUGAGUUGCGUCGUGCGUCGUGCUGCCCUGAGCCGCUCAUGUCUGCCAACCGAUGGAAGGAGAUUAAAUACAACCGGGUCCCGUCGCUGUGCAUGAAGAACUGUACGACUUUGUUCUUCAAGCACGACCCGGAAGGCUUCGAGGGGUAUCUGACGUCAGUCGAGAGCGGGAAGAAGAAAAUCAGCGGGGCGACGCUUAUGCCACACGAGAUCGUCGCGCAGAUCAUCGGCAAGGGCACCUACGACGACGACCGAAAGACGCCCGCUGGGUUGAAGGAGCUCAAGAAGAGGGUCGCGGAGACGCAGUCGCGCGUAGCGGAGGCGCAGUGGAAGACGCUCAUCGCGAACCUGCAGGAGUCAGGCGUGCUGGAGAACGCGAUCGCCGUGUGCGACGUCUCCGGGUCGAUGGGGUCCAUCUAUUACAGCACGUACACGAAGCGGCAUCCACAGCCCAUCCUGCCGGCCAUCUCGCUCUCCCUGGUCCUCGCGGCACUCGCCAAGCCGCCCUUCUCUGGGGGCUUCAUCACGUUCUCUGCCCACCCACAGUUCGUCGCGCUCGACACGUCCCAGUCGCUCGCGAAGCAGAUCGCAUCGAUGAGCUCGGCCGACUGGGGCAUGAACACGGACCUCCACGCGGUGUUCGUCAAGCUCCUCCUCCCGCUCGCUGUGAAGAACAAGGUGAAGCAGGAGGACAUGAUCAAGCGGCUGUUCAUCUUCUCGGACAUGCAGUUCGACGCGUGCAAUAGCGGGAGGGACGCCGCAUCAUGGGCCACAAACUACGACGAGAUCGAGAAGGCGUAUAGGGCGGCUGGGUACGAGAUGCCGCAGAUCGUGUACUGGGACCUAGCAGCGAGCGCGAGUCACACAGUCGAGGUGGAGGGCGACAGGAAGGGUGUAGCGAUGAUGAACGGGUUCUCGCCGGCGUUGCUGAAGGUGUUCAUGGGCGAGAAUGAGGAAGAGGAGGCUGCUGAGUGGGAGAAGGUGGGUGAGGAUGGCGAGAGCGUCACCGUAGUCGAGAAGGAGGACGAAUUCACUCCGGUGAACGUCAUGAAAAAGGCCCUUAUGAAGAGGAGCUUCGACGGGCUGGUCGUUGUCGACUGA